AUGCCGCCAAAAAAGUCCAAGAAGAAGAAUAUAUCAACUCAAGAUGAAAUCACACAACCUCAAUUCACUCAACCCCAAACCAAUCAAUCCCAACCUAUUCCAUAUCUUACUCAACCCCAACCCACUCCACCUCAACCUAUUCCAUAUCUUAUUCAACCUCAACUCACUCACCCCCAACCUAGUCCUCAUAUCAUUCAACUCACUCAACCCAAACCUAGUCCUCAUAUCAUUCAACUCACUCAAUAUCAAGCUCAACCUCAACCCCAAACUAUUCCAUAUCCAAGUAGGCCUCAACUCACUCAACUCCGACCACAACCCCAACCUAUUCCACAUCCAAUUCGAUCUCAACUCACUCAACCACUGUCUAGAUCUAUAUCCCAAUCCCAUCAUUCUCAUGCUCGUCCUCAUUCCACCCAAUCUCACCCUUUACCAACUCAACCCCAACCCAAUCAACCUCAAUCUCGAUCAUGGCCUAAACCCACCCAAUCUCACACUCAACCUUCUCAACCUCAACCUAAUCAACCUCAAUCUCGACCUAUCCCUUCUCAACUUCAUCCUAGUCAACCUUAA